UGAGAAAGAGAUAAAAUCCACUGCUUCAGGCAGAAGACUGGGCAGCGUCUUGUCUUGGCCUCACUGUAACAAUGCAAAGCCUCGAUGAAGUAGACCUCUGUUUCCCACAAUUCCUCAAUGCCUCCUGCAGGAAAACAGCAUUACCUCCGGCUGUGUCCAUAAUCACUUACAUCAUGCUGACGUUCAUGGGUCUGCUCACUUUGAUGCUCAACCUGCUCGUCAUUGUUUCCAUCUCCCACUUCAGGCAGCUCCACACCCCCACCAAUAUCCUUCUCCUUUCUCUGGGUAUCUCAGAUUUUCUCGUGGGCUUCCUUAUUUUCUUUCAGACCUCAGCGAUAGACGGCUGCUGGUUCCUCGGUGACAUCAUGUGUGUCCUGUAUUACGUGCUGGAAUACAUCAUCACCUCUGCCUCAAUAGGAACCAUGGUCCUCAUAUCAGUCGAUCGCUAUGUGGCUAUUUGUGACCCAAUGCAUUACCGAACCAAAGUCUCUGAAAAACGAGUUAAGAUGUGUGUUUGUGCUUGUUGGGGUGGCUCGACCCUCUGUCACUGUGUGCUGCUGAGGCACAACCUGAAACAGCCAGGCAGUCUGAAUUCCUGCAUCGGAGAGUGUGUCAUUCUAAUCAAUAACAUCUCUUCAGUUAUAGACAUUACUGUGUCCUUUAUUGGUCCUGUCAUUGUCGUUGUCAUCCUGUAUUUCAGAGUCUUUGUGGCGGUCAUCGUUCAGGUCCGUGCCAUGCGAGUGCGCACGGCAGCCGGUCCUCAACAGAGCUCGGUCAAAGUAAAGAAAUCAGAAAUGAAAGCGGCACGGACUCUUGGCGUUGUUAUUGUUGUGUUUUUAUUAUGCCUCUGCCCGUUUUUUUGUGGUACGGUGACAGGCGUGGACACCCUGCUCAGUGCAUCCAGUGAUGCAUUUAUUGUACUUCUGGUCUACUUUAACUCCUGUUUAAACCCACUGAUAUAUGCCUUUUUCUACCCCUGGUUUAGAAAAUCUAUCAAACUCAUUUUUACACUUCAAAUACUGAAGCCAGGCUCCUCUGACUUCAAAUUAAUGUAAAGAUAGCAGAGCUGAUGAGUAGUUUUUAAUAAUGUAGGGAUCCUACACAGCAAUAGAGAAAUCCAGUGAACAGAGUAAAGUCUAGACAUAAAUUUGGAAGUGUGGAAGUGUGCACAUAGUGUGCAUAAACAUCCCAGCCAUGACCAAGCCAUGACCAAGCACAACACAAGUGGGAAAACUGAAAACCUGAUGUCCUUUUAUUGCCUAUAAUUGCAUAAUAUGUCAUAUAUUAUGUCCAGAAUACGUUAUAAAUAUAGAACAAGCAUUUUUAACAUUUUGUACAUGCACCAUGACUCUGUGACCGAGCUGUGAUUGAAAUAGUUGUUUCUGUUCUGCAUUUGUUUCUACAAAAUAUGACUCAAAAUGUGUGAGGGUCAUUGAUAAAAUGUCUAGUUUUCACUUGAUUUUAUUUAUUUUGCACAGUAAAAUACAUACAAAUGAUGACAUGAAUAUCUUGAAUUAAUUUCAGAGCAGUCAGAUGAUACCCGUAAUAAUAACAGAGCUCGGUCACAGUAAAUAAAUCAGAAAUGAGUGUCAGACCGCUGUG